AUGCUGGAUAUCCGGACCGUCAAAAUUAUCGGUGCCCCCGUCCUCAUUUUCGAAUCAGCAUACUCAAUCGAAGAAAAUCAUCUUUCCACACCAGAAAACGAAGGAUACAAACGUCCCGAUGGUCGGAUCGUCGGAGGCACGGAAGCUUCCAUCAUCGAUUUUCCGUACCAACUGAGUCUGAGAUAUUACGGAGUCCACAGCUGCGGUGCAGCUUUGAUAUCGUUGUCCUGGGCGUUAUCCGCGGCUCAUUGCACCGUCGACAGACCUCCGAAAUCGCUCUCUCUUCAAGCUGGUAGCGAAAACCGACUGUUCGGCGGGCAAAUCCGGAGCGUUUCUCAAAUCAUAGAACACGAGGACUAUCAUCAUUUGACCGCGAGCAACGACAUCGCGAUCAUCAAGUCCGACAGUCCUUUCGUCCUCAGCCUUACCGUUCGCCCCGUCUCGCUACCACUUCCUUCAGAUUCGUGGUCGUACGGUACCUACUUCGCGGUGUCCGGAUGGGGGAUCCUUCAUCGGGAUGCAUCGAAUGUGCCGGUCCGAUUGCGGCAGACCGUCGUUCCUAUAGUAGAUCAAGAGACGUGCAAUACCGCCUAUCGUGGAAGGAUCUCACAAUCGAUGCUCUGCGCCGGUUAUUGGGAAGGAGGUAGAGACGCCUGCCAAAUGGACUCUGGCGGCCCUCUAGUCGCGGAGGGAAAGCUUGUCGGUAUCGUGUCCUGGGGCAAUCGGUGCGCGCUCCCGGGAUUUCCGGGAGUUUAUACUCGCGUCGCCUUUUACCGAACUUGGAUCGCCUCCGCAACUGGGCUCUAAUGGAUAAACGUCACCUCAUUACCAUAAAAAAUCAUGUACAUUCAUUACGAGGGUUACAAUAGCGGGAAUAAAUAAAAGAAAUUGAAUGGGAAACGAAGGAUGAUUUUUUCUGAAUACCCAGAAUCAAUGUUUCG